UUUACAAACAGCAUGAAAUUUAUAAAUUUUUUUACUUCAAGUUGAAUUUUUUUUAAAUUGUAUUUAUUUUACUAAUAUAAUUCUCAUUUAUAUAUAAAUAUGGAAACUUUAGCCAAUAAAGAUUUAAAAGAUAGCAUAUUACAAUAUAAAAUAAGAUUAAAGGAAAUUUUGCAACGUUUGGAGUGGACAGAGGACAAGGUAUUGAAGAAUUUGAAUACCAAUUCCAUUGCUUCUAACCAAAAGGAAAUUAAAAAGCCUCAAUCUCCAUUAAUCGCCACAUAUCCUGAUAGCUGCAUCACCAACAAUUCUCUUGUUUUAGAAACUCCUCAACUCCAACAGGUUCUUCAAAAUAAUGAAAUAGAAGCUCCCCGUAACUUUAGGGAAUUGCAGGCCAACUUCUCCCGCGAACAAAAACUCAAAAUCUAUGAACAUGUAAUAGAAAAUACGGAAAAAUUGGCAAAUAAUACCGAGACGAAAGUAGAUGAAGGUGAAAUUUCAUUAGCCGAUAUUUUGGCCCAAAAGAAACGUGAAGAAAAACGCAAGAAACGUAGAUUUCGUAAAAGUAAACCUACACACAUCGAAGAAGUCAGAUGUUUGGUGGAUUUACAAAUGCAAGCGCUACGGCAGUUUAUGGACAAUAAGAUAAAAAAGGAAGUAGAUGACACCGAACAGGGAGUCAGUGACAAACAUGAAUAUCGAAAUAAUGAAAGUUACAAAGGUUCAUAUUAUAACACAAAAGUAAACCAGGAAGACAGUUACAAACACGAAUAUCGAAAUUAUGAAAGUUACAGAGGAGGAGGAGAUUAUUUCACUAAAGUAAACCAUAAUGAAGAACGUAGACCUUAUGAGUAUAACUAUAAAAGAGAUCCAUAUAGAGAAAGAUUUACAGAGCAAGUAAAAAGGCAGGAUUGGAUGAGAGAUGAUAUCGGAAAACGUCCUAGAAAUCGUAGUAUAGAACGUGAAUAUUAUGCAAGUAGUCUCAACAAAGUUUCAAAUGAAAGGACAAGAUAUAAUCGGAGUCGCAGUAAGGAGAUUUCAGACAAGGAAAGGGAUUUCAGAAAAGGAAGAAGUAAAAGUAAAGAAAUCUCCUAUGAAAGACGAAAACAUAGCAGAAGCCGUAGUAGAGAUGGAAGCAGACAUAAAAUAAGUCGUAGUAGUGAAAGAACCAGAUCACGAAGAAGUCGCAGUACAGAUAACGCCCGCAGAGAAUCGAAACAUAAUAGAAUUCAUAGCAAAAAUAAGAAUAAGAACAGAAGGAAACACAGUAGAAGUCCUAGUAAUGAAAAGAGAGAACGCAGAAGUCAUGAAAGAAGAAAACACCGAAGCAGAAGUUAUGAAAAAAGGGAAAAAACCGACUAUCACCAAAAAUAUUCUAAAAGAAGAGAUCAUGAAAAGAGUGACGAAAAAAACUAUUAUCAGGAACAAUAUUAUAGAAAACAAUAGUUAAUUUCCUAAAUGAGCUAAUAAGAAAACUAAAAUUUUUAAAUAUUUAAAGUGAAAUCUCCCAAUGCCAACGAUCAAAGCACAAAAUAAGUGAAUUUUACAGUGCUUCAAUAAAAGUGUAAAAAAACGGUAGUGUUGAUUAUUAAAGUUUUAAAUCUAUUGAAAGAUCUCCUUAGAA